AUGUUUGUUGAAUUGGUUUCGUAUGUGGUUGCAUGUAUUUCUGCAUUAUUGGCGGUUGCUUUUUUUACAUUAUUGGAGCGAAAAGGAUUAAGAUAUUUUCAGUUACGUAAAGGUCCUAAUAAAGUAGGUUUAAUAGGAUUACCUCAACCUUUAUCAGAUGCAAUUAAAUUAUUUAGAAAAGAGUAUAUUAAGCCUACCUUAGUUAAUUAUUUUCCCUUUUUAGUUUGUCCAUUUUUAAGUUUAUUUUUUGCUUUAUUUUUGUGAAUAUUAUAUAAUGGAUAUUUUUUUGUAAGGAUGGGGGGGAUAAGUAUGAUGAUGUUUUUAUGUAUUUCUAGUAUUGGUGUUUAUUGUGUUAUGGGUGCCGGUUGAUUUUCCAAUUCUAAGUAUGCUUUAUUAGGGUCUGUGCGUGCAGUUGCUCAAAGAAUUUCUUAUGAGGUUAGGAUAUCUUUAAUUUUAAUGAGUUGUUUGUUGUUGGUGGGAAGUAUUAGUUUAGUAAAUUUAUUAAAAUAUCAGUAUAUUUGUUGAAUUUUUUUUGUUAAUUUUUUUAUAUUUAUAAUGUGGGUUGUGUCGAUAAUUGCGGAGACUCAUCGAGCUCCUUUUGAUUUUGCUGAAGGGGAGUCAGAGUUAGUUUCAGGUUUUAAUGUUGAGUAUGGAGGAGUAGGAUUUGCUUUGCUAUUUAUAGCUGAGUAUAGUAAUAUUUUAUUUAUGAGGUUUUUAUGUGGAGUGUUAUUUUUUGGAGGAGGAUUUUUAAGCGUUUCUAUUGGGUUUUCUAUAUCAUUAAUUGUAGGAUUGUUAAGAUUUUUAUUUAUUUGAGUUCGUGCGAGUUAUCCUCGAUAUCGUUAUGAUUUAUUGAUAUAUCUAAUUUGGAAGAGGUAUUUACCAUGUGUAUUAAUAAUUUUAAUCUUUGUUGGAGUGUUUAGUAAAAUAAUGUUUUAUUUAUAA